AUGGACGGGACGCUAGUAGACUAUCUCUACGAACCAAACGGGCCUUCGCCGUUCAAAUGCGGCUACUGCAAGUCCCCGGACACCAGCAAAAUACAGGGAGUACUGGCACACCGCAUGACUUGUGGUGACUUUCAAGAACUAGUGGACAGAGGCUUCCAGCGCUCGGGAAAGUUCGUAUACAGACCUUUCAUGCGAGAGACGUGCUGCCCGCAGUACGUGUUCCGCACUGACGUGACGAAGUUUCGCCUGUCGAAGCAACAGAAGGCCACUAUCAGGAAAAUGAACAGAUUUCUCACCCUGGGAGAGGCAAAUGCCACUCCCGAAGACGCAGAAGAGGCGGGUCCCGGUGAUUCGGCCGGUAAAGAAGCCAAGACGGUGGAAGAUGUGACUGAAAACAACUUGGGAGAGCCGUCAAAGAAGAGAGCAGUCCGUCCUGGGCUUGGAGCAGACCCCAGCAAGCCACCCUGCAAGAAGGCCAAACUCCUCCGCAGGGAGCGACAGGCAAAGAAAGCUGUACAGAAAGGCCAGAAGAUUGUGGCUCUAGAGGAAAACUUAGCCAACAGAGAAACAACCGGGCAACCCAGCGCGUCCUCCACCUCUCCCUCUGUGGCUGAGUGGGUCGGAGAAAAGUUGAUCCUGCCACACGAACCCAGCCAUCGGCACAGCCUCACGACUCGACUAGUUUCCUGCUCACGAGGAGACCCACAGUUUGCCAGUACCUACGAAGAGAGCUACCGGGUCUUCAGGAAGUUCCAGUUGGAAGUCCACCGCGACAACGAGGAAGAUUGCCAGGAGUCCCACUUUAACGAGUUCCUCGUCGAUUCUCCUCUCGUCAAGGAGAAAGGGCCGGAGGGAGCCCCCUGCAAUUAUGGCUCGUUUCACCUCCAGUACUUGAUCGACGGGAAGAUAUUUGCGGUGGGGGUUCUUGAUAUCAUCCCAAGGGGGGUCCUCUGCGAGUACCUCUUCUACGACCCUGCGUACCGGUUUGUGGCGCCCGGGGUUUACAGCGCUCUGAACGAAAUCUCGCUCUCUCAGAGAUUCUUUACCGUCAGCCCAGAGAUGCAGUACUACUACAUGGGGUUCUACGUGCAGAGCUGCCCAAAGAUGAACUACAAGAGACGAUACGCGAGCAGCGAGUUGCUGUGUUCGCAUACGCACAGCUACGCCCCUCUCCAGCAGUGCAUCCCACGACUAAAGGAGAAAGAGUACUGCCGUCUAGACGACGAUGCCCCCCUCGUUAACGAGCGCGACGAAGUCACGGAGGAAGUGGUGGGAGGGUUGAAGAUCCUCCAUAAAAUGGCGGUGAUGUCAUACACAGACUAUAGGGCAGAGUGUGGGGAUGGACGACAGGCGAUGAUUGUGGAGUCGUAUGUGGAGCUGGUGGGACAGAAGGUGGCCAGCAAUGCCACGCUGCACAUACCCUCAUCAGACAUGAUGUUUUGA